AUGGCUCCUACUCGAUCUUUCGUCCGAUUUUUGAAUCCAAAAACUAUUAGUACUGUUAUUAAUAACAAUAUUUCUAAAGCACCGUGCCGUUUGUUUCACAAGUGUAAUAAUUGCCAUAGGAAUUUAAGUGGUCCAGUAGGAUCUAUUGCUUCUUCACGAAAUAAUUUAAAUUAUAACUUCGUCGGGUCAAAACACCGAUUUUUUCACACGACACAAAGUUUAAAUGCUCGCGUUGACUAUUAUAAAGUUCUGGGAGUUCCAAAGAAUGCUUCAGCCAAAGAUAUAAAAAAAGCCUAUUAUCAACUUGCUAAAAAAUAUCACCCAGACGCUAAUAAAUCAGAUCCCGAAGCCCCGAAGAAGUUUCAGGAAGUAUCUGAAGCAUAUGAGAUUCUCUCCGAUGAAAAUAAACGUAAACAAUAUGAUACAUAUGGUACAACUACAGAACAAAUGGGCAUGGGUGGAGGGCCAGGUGGUACUGAUGGAUUUACUCAUCAGUGGCAAUAUAAAUCUACCAUAGAUCCUGAAGAGUUGUUCCGCAAGAUAUUUGGUGAUGCUGGUUUUAAAAGCGAGGCAUUCAGUGAUUUUGCUGAGAGUCAAUUUGGUUUUGGUUCUGCUCAAGAGGUUAUAGUAAAUCUGCGAUUCACUGAAGCAGCACGUGGUGUAAACAAAGAAAUAAAUUUAAAUGUUGUUGACACUUGCCCUAAAUGCCAGGGAUCUAGAUGUGAGCCUGGAACUAAAGCAAUUAAGUGUACAUAUUGCAAUGGCUCUGGAAUGGAGACUUUCUCCAGAGGUCCUUUUGUGAUGCGUUCGACUUGUCGACAUUGUCAUGGAUCAAGAAUGUUAAUCAAAUUUCCAUGUGUUGAAUGUGAAGGAAAGGGUCAAUCGGUGCAACGCAAAAAGGUAACGGUUCCCGUGCCCGCGGGAGUUGAGAAUGGACAGACUGUGCGUAUGGCUGUUGGGAAAAAUGAAGUGUUUGUAACCUUUAAGGUAGAAGAGUCAAAUUACUUCAAACGCGAUGGGCCCGAUGUUCACACGGAUUGCACAAUUUCUGUAUCCCAGGCAGUAUUAGGUGGCACUGUUAGGAUACAAGGCUUAUAUGAAGAUCAUACACUACAAAUAACGCCUGGUACGUCAUCACACAGUACAAUACGCUUGUCGCGGAAAGGAAUGAAAAGGGUUAGCCAGCAUGGCUAUGGAGAUCACUAUGUUCACAUAAAAAUUCAGGUACCAAAAACGUUAAGUGAGAAGCAAAAGGCGCUUAUGUACGCAUACGCCGAAUUGGAGGAAGACACACCGGGCCAGAUACAUGGGGUCUCAUAUGACAGAGAUGAAAGUACCAAAAGUAGUAGCAGUGGUACAAAUGAGGCGGACUCACAAAAGAUCCAUGAAAUGAACAGGGAUUCGGAGUGGCAGGACAAGUCCAAAUCCUGGACAAUUUUUGACAGUUUACUAGAAUCUUAUCGGAAUAACACUUCAGCUUUCGUCGCCGGUUUUCUUUUAUCUGUUAGCGUUAUCGUGUAUUUAGCUAUUAUUGACCCAAAUGAUAAAAUAGGUUUACACGAGUACAUAGAGAAAAGAGAUAGGGAGAUGAGCAACAAUUAUCCCGAAGUGGAUACACCUUUAGGUUAUCAAAGAGCUAUUAAGAGGCAAAAAGAACAAAAUCCAGAAUUAUUUGACGCCUAA